AAUGUCCCUUACCCCCUUCACAGAAACCUUGGGGCUCUUAUAACCCGAUAUAUGACACGCCACAGGGCACGAAGUCAACGUGUUCUUGCAAGCUGUGGCCUGGAAACUUUUGACCACCCCUGUACGUCCGUGGCACCAUGUGCAAGAGACGCCUAAAGUUGAGGUGCUUUCAGUUUCAGAGCAGUUGCCUGCAGGCCACCACCUCGACAGCCAAAGCCAUGGCUUGAGCAGCACCAUGGACGUCAGUGGACGUAAAGCCCGGCUCAUAAGUCCAGCACCACCUACGCUCAAAGCAGGCAAUCCCGUCUCGUUGUUGUCACGUAGAGCACAUGGGACACAAGGGCGACAUCGUGCGCGUCACACUGGUUGCAGCGGGUGACAGCACAGUCGGCAAGUCCGCCAUGCUGCACGUCUUUGUGCACCGAUGCUUCCCGGCCGAGUGUCUACCCACUGCUCUCGACCAGAAGGAGACGCUGCUGCACUGGAACGGUGAAACUGUGCACCUGAACCUGUGGGAUACUCCGGGGUCCAGCUGGUAUGACGCGCUGAGGCCGCUCGCCUACCCCGAGGCUGACGCGGUCCUGAUCUGCUUUGCUCUCAAUGACCGCGCCAGCCUAGUCAACGUAGAGCAGAAGUGGGCGCCCGAGAUUAGGGAACGCCUGCCCAACGUGCCGAUAAUACUUGUCGGAAAUAAACAGGACCUUCGGGACAUUGACCCACAGCCACUGUGUGAAGUGAAUCCAAGGCCAGAUGCUGAAUCAUUUGUCAAUACUUCCGAGGGUGAAGCCAUGCUAGAAUGCAUCGGAGGGUCGGCCUACGUGGAAUGCUCAGCUCUCGCGGACCAAGGUCUUGAAAGGGUCUUUGGUGCAGCAAUCGAAGUGGCACUCAAGCAGAAAACCCAAAAGAAGAAAUGCUGCAGUUGCUGCUGCAGUAUUCUGUAACCGCUUGGUUUGUACAGUUUUACGUCUUUCAGUAUUAAAAGCUCAA